AUGCUGUCCGGGGCGCCGCCGCCGCCCGCCGGCUUCCCCAGCCCUCCGCCGCCGCAGCCGCCGCCGCCGCCGCCGCCCGCCGCUCCCCCGCACGGGCCGCCGCCGUUCCCGGGGAAGGGCGGCCUGCAGAUCCGGAAGAAUGCCAUCACGGACGACUACAAGGUCACCACGCAAGUGCUGGGGCUCGGCAUCAACGGGAAAGUUUUGGAGAUCUUCAGUAAGAAGAGCGGCGAGAAGUUCGCGCUCAAGAUGCUGCAGGACUGCCCCAAGGCCCGCAGGGAAGUGGAGCUGCACUGGCGAGCGUCGCAGUGCGCGCACAUCGUGCGCAUCAUGGACGUCUACGAGAACCUCUACCAGGGCAGGAAGUGUCUGCUCAUCGUCAUGGAGUGCUUGGAUGGCGGGGAGCUCUUCAGCAGGAUCCAGGACAGGGGAGACCAGGCCUUCACAGAACGGGAGGCUUCGGAGAUCAUGAAGAGCAUUGGGGAAGCCAUCCAGUACCUGCACUCGAUCAACAUCGCACACCGGGACGUGAAGCCCGAAAACCUCCUGUACACGUCCAAAAGGCCCAAUGCUGUGCUGAAACUCACCGACUUCGGCUUCGCCAAGGAAACCACCACGCACAACUCGCUGGCCACGCCCUGCUACACGCCCUACUACGUGGCCCCAGAAGUGCUGGGCCCAGAGAAGUACGACAAGUCCUGUGACAUGUGGUCCCUGGGUGUCAUCAUGUAUAUUCUGCUGUGUGGGUACCCCCCCUUCUACUCCAACCACGGCCUGGCCAUCUCUCCUGGCAUGAAGAAGCGAAUCCGAAUGGGCCAGUACGAGUUCCCCAACCCGGAGUGGUCCGAGGUGUCAGAGGAAGUGAAGCAGCUGAUCCGAAACCUGCUGAAAACAGACCCGACCCAGCGCAUGACAAUAACAGAGUUCAUGAACCACCCCUGGAUCAUGCAAUCCAUGCAGGUGCCCCAGACCCCACUGCACACCAGCCGUGUGCUGAAGGAGGAGAAGGACCUGUGGGAGGAUGUGAAGGAGGAGAUGACCAGUGCCCUGGCCACCAUGAGGGUGGACUACGAACAAAUCAAGAUCAAGAAAAUCGAGGAUUCCUCGAACCCUCUGCUGAUGAAGAGGAGGAAGAAAGCCAAUCCCCCCGAGCCCUCUGCGCUACCCCACUGAGGGAGCCCAGC